UUGUAAUUAUUGGCCCCCUUUUCCUAAACUCCUUAGCAGUUGAGUAGUUGAUCGAACUUCUGAAGUGAGCCAUGGAAUCAAAAGCAGCAGCGGAGAUGUUCGAAGAAUGGAAUGGGACUGCAUCAACAAAACUCACGAAAACAGCUACCAUCACUUUCACUGAAAAUGAAGCUGAAUCCUUUCCAACUUCUCCGUCCAUUAAAAAGUCCAGCAGCCCAUUUAAACAAAUCACCAGCAGGAUUCUUGAAGCUUUCCUACCUGAGGGUUUUCCUGAUAGUGUAACUUCGGACUACGUGCCCUUUCAAGUAUGGGAUUCAUUGCAGGGUCUUUCUACGUAUGUGCGAACAAUGUUGUCAACCCAGGCUCUACUGAGUGCUAUUGGGGUUGGUGAGAAAUCAGCUACUGUUAUCGGGGCCACAUUUCAGUGGUUUUUGAGGGAUUUGACUGGAAUGCUUGGUGCUAUCUUGUUCACAUUUUACCAGGGUUCUAACUUGGACAGUAAUGCAAAAAUGUGGCGUUUGGUGGCAGAUCUCAUGAAUGAUCUUGGAAUGUUGAUGGAUCUUCUUUCUCCUUUAUUUCCUUCGGCCUUUAGUUUCAUUCUUUGCUUGGGAAGCUUAUCAAGGUCAUUCACUGGUGUUGCUAGUGGAGCCACUAGAGCUGCUUUGACACAGCAUUUUGCUCUUCAGAAUAAUGCAGCAGACAUAUCUGCAAAGGAAGGAAGCCAAGAGACAGUUGCAACGAUGAUUGGGAUGGCUUUUGGAAUGCUUCUUGCACGCAUAACCAUGGGACACUCCCUAUCAAUAUGGUUAUGUUUCUUGUCCCUCACAAUGUUCCAUAUGUAUGCAAAUUACAGAGCUGUUUGUUGCCUUUCUCUUACCACACUAAACUGCCAAAGAAGCUCAAUAAUUUUGUUGCACUUCUUGGAGACCGGCCAAGUCCUCUCCCCAAAACAGGUCUCAACGAUGGAGCAUGUUUUACCAGUUUGGACCACUUCUUGGUGCUCAAAGAGUGUCAACAUUUUACACACACGUGUUUGCAUGGGUGUCAGGAUCUCUUCACUCAACUAUCGUGACUUGGGGGAGCUCUCUCAUUUGGCUGGAUCUCAUUACAAGAAAGCAAAAUACUUGCUGCUUGAUAAAAAGGGAGUGAUAAAUGUUGUUAUGCACAAAGAUUCCACAGCAACGGAUGUCCUGAAGGCGUUCAUUCAUGCACUUGUCAUGGCAAAACUCAACAAUCAAGGCAGAUCUGUUCAUUCGGAGAGUCAACUAUGGAUUGAUAAACACUAUGAAGUAUUUGUUCUUAAGCUUCAGUCCUCGGGAUGGAGAACAGAACGGCUUUUGUCCCCAACUGUCACCUGGAGGGCUAACUGGUUAAUACCUUCUUCAAAUGGAAAAUUUGACUAAGCCUCCUGAUUUCAUAAUUUUGGGGAGAUAUGGAGCAGAAUGCAAAAGCUGUUGAACCUAAAAGAGAGUAAUAUUUCGAUAUUCUGAGCAUCUGCUGGCUUAAUGUUCUGACGUACAGUAGUAGAGGUAGAGGGAUAUAUUGUCGGUUAGCUCUUUUGCGGGUGAUGUCAGAUCAUUGCUGACGUUUAGUGCAGACACUCAUGCUCCAAGGAGAACCUUCAGCUUUCCCAUGCUCAGACGAAAACAGAUGAAACUAUGGAACUUUCUGUACUGUGUAAGAAGGGUUUUGAACAGGAGAAAGGUUUCCAAUCCAAUCAAUUGGUGGAUUAUGAAUGCUA